AAAUUGGCAUAGAAAUGGAAAAUAAUAAAAAUAAUAUGGCAUUAGAUUUUGGAAGACCACCACAGCAACCAACACCUUAUGGUUCUUUACUUCUUAGAUCAGGAAAAUGGAAAUUCGAAUAUGGUUUUAUCCCAAAUACCUUAGUUUUCCAAGUCAAAUAUAAGAAUGAGAAAUUGUAUAUUUACUCGAUAGAAUUUUCAUAUAAAAUAUUUAAAGCGGAAAUUGAAUAA